GCCCCCUUAUUGAUUUGUUGAAUUAAAUAUACAAAAUAAAUAAACUAAUUAAAAUAAUAUCAAUAUCUGUUCUUAUUUUAAACGAGUCAAAUUUAUAGGUAGUCAGCAUACGAUUAUAAGUGUGGCAUAUUAUUUUAUUAUAAUUAUUAAAUAGCAUCGCUCCACUCUUCAGUUUUAGGACAUUUAAGUUUAUUUACACUUCCGUGUUUACACUACAAACAGUGACGGUAUACUCUACAUCAGGAAGUACAACGAAACGAACUUCAAUUGUUCCUUCAUCUAAGUUUGACCUUUAGUGUUAGACACAACACUGAUAUCAAUAAAUAUUACAGGAAAACCCUUAAAAUAGUUUUUCCAUCAAUAACAUACAAUUUACAAUACAUUAAUUAUUAAGAGUAAGAUAUGUCGAAUCCGCCAAGGCCAGUUCGUCCACCGCCUCCAGUACCAAAGCCAGGUUUGUAUAUUAUUAUUUUUAAAUGUCAGUUGCCUACUUGUACUAGUGUUAGUAUUAGGAUUGAGUAAUAUCAUACCAGGUAUGCUUAAUUACACGAAAUAGACUAAUUUAACAACCAGUAUUAAUUAAAUAGUCCAGUUAUUAGUAAAAAGUGGCUAUUACUAAUUACUUAUCACUCUGAACUACUCUCACUCUCUGACCUGUCCAUUCACUUUCAUUACUCAAGACCAAAUAGUCUAAUGCUGCUCCUCUUAGUUAAAAGUUUUAGUCAUUUGAGUCAGUGGCGUAGCUAGGGUUGGUGUCACCCGUGUGCGAUAAACUCAUGGCGUCACCCCACCCCCAUUUCUGACUUCCAUGAUGGAUUUAUUCUUGUUUAAAUAAGUUCACAGUAUAACAAUGACAAGAACAAAAAGAAAUUAAUUGAAGGUCAUGAGGUAAAUGUAUUUAAGAACUGUAGCGUGCUUAGAAUCGCCCAUUGGUAUCAAUGGUAAGCUUUCUUUCUCAGAAUUUAGAUUAUUACAGCUUUCUGUCAUUUAUGAAAGUUACCAAACACUUCAAUCUGCAUUGAAUCAUGGACAAAACAGUGUUUUUCUGACCUAAUUUUAGGGUCACCUCAUUUCUGACUCAUCAAUCUUCAACUCAUUUGGAUUGGUUACAUGUGUGAAAAAUUAACUCGGUUAUCAUUUUAUAAAAUUCGGUUAGGCUGAGCAGUGUGUGCUCUGUAAAUAUGCAAUGGGGAGAUGGGGUCUAUUUAUUGCUCCAUGCUAUGUUCAUCUUGAACCUUAUUAUUCUCUCUACUGAAAUUCUACACAUUGGUCUUAUUUUAAAAGUGUUCUUUUUUUUUUUACAAUUUCAUGCUCCACAAUAUGACUGUGCAUAUCAUGCAGAAAAAUGUUGAAUCGUUUAAUCUUGUCAAGACUUGAGAAUUUAAUCUCCAGCUAUAACUAUGUAAGAUACAUUCCUCAAGUAUAACAGCCAAAAAGUAGCUGAGAACUGAAAUAAGACAGCACUUCAAAGGCCGCUACACAUUCAUCAAACUUGUUUUUGACUGGUUUUACUGUGAUGUGCACUCCAACGUGUUGUUGAUAGUGUUUUCUGUGAUAUUCCAGUGUGUUUUUGAACUAAAAAAUUCCAUCUGUGGGUAGAAGAAAAAGGAAAACAUUCUCUAAAGAGAAGAAAAAAUGAUGUUACACUGAUCCAAUUUCAGUAAAAGAGUGUUGAACACACACGUUAAGUGGAGGAUUCGAAAAUCCAUUAAAAAUAGUAUUUUCCUUCUUUUUUUUCUAUAGGGCUUGUACAUGUCAAUGAAUUCCAGACAUUGUGGAAGCAUUAUCAUAUUUUGUCUAGUCCAUAGCUUUCGAAUUUUUAAGAAUAUAGGGACUGAGGUUAUCAAUUUUUUUCCAUCUGCCAUUAGAGAAAGUUCCAAACAGAACAGGGUGGCAAUGAGCAGGAUUUGACCAAAGCAGGUUGUUAAAAAAGCAGGGUGCUGCUAGAAAGGGGUUGGGAAUCUUCUCAUUAAGCCUACAAGUAUUUCUCAUAAUGGCUUCAUGUGAAAGCAGCUUUUAAAAACAGAAUCUUGUAAAGAACUUUUUGCAAUCUACCUUGGAACAGUCCAGGCUUUUCUGGUCUUGCAAUUUUGUAAAUUUAAAGAGAUAAGUGAAGAAUGUUGAUUUUGAUGAAGUAAUUGACAUGGUUGCAUCAUGUAAGAUGGGAAAGGAAAAUUUUAACAGUAAAGCUUAAUGUAACAAUAAGAAGUAAUUUGUUGCAUUUUUAAACAAUUUUUUACCUCAAAUUUUAUGUUUUCUUCAUUUGUGUUUUGCUGAUUUACAUACAAUACUUUAAGCAGUUCUGAAUGAUCUGGGUGACACCAACCCUAGUAACGCCUCUGCUCACACACAAGUCAAAAUUGAAUCAAACACUAUGUAACAUUGUCUAAAUUAAUAUUUUAAUAUUAGUUUAAACAUUUCAUAACCUCUUGAAAUGAAUCAUCACAUACAUUGAGAAUCAGCCUCAUAAGCCAUUUGAUGAAGUGUCAAUAGAUACUCCAUCAUCAUGCGAAAAUGGAAGAAUGCCACAUAUAAUCUCAUGUAGCUUAUUAUUAUUGUAUAAUGUAUGCAUCUAACCUCAUGUUGUACAUAUUUUAAUAUUGAAGUGCUCUGCUUCUUAUUUAAUUGUUCUUCUCAUGUUGCUCUUCCCUGAAUUCUCAGGUCAAGUGAAGGUCGUUCGAGCUCUUUACAGAUAUGAAGCACAACAGGUAAAAACAAUGUUUUAAUUAUGCUAAUAUUAAUACUAAAAUUGUAAUUACUUUUUUUUUUUUUACAACAGUAAUAUAAUGGGAUAUUACAUUUACUAAUACAUGACCAUGUGACAAUAUCUCAAAAAUACAUAAAAGGUGAAUUUAUAUUUUUUGAAGUUCAUAUGCUGUAGUGAGAGCUGCAGACAACCUCCUAGGUAUAAAAAUGUACAGCUUAGAAAGUGGUCACCAUUCUUAGCCAGUUAAAUAAAAAUUAAGCUAUUAAUAUUAAGGAUUUGAAAUAAAAGAAUUUGAAGUGAUUAUGAAUUUUUUGUUAACCAUUUAAAAUACUUCUACCUUGUUCCUUUUUUGGAAUUGAAAUUAUAAAAAAUCGCAAUUACUCUUAGGAUAUUAUCACCAGUGGUAGUAAAAUUUUCUUUAGGCAGAUGAGUUGACAUUUGAUGAAGGAGACACUCUAUAUAUUUUGGACAUGAAAGAUUCAAGUUGGUGGAAGGCUAAAUGUGGCAAAAAUAUAGGUCUUAUUCCCAGCAACUAUGGUAGGAAUCUUAAUUAAUUUGUUAAAUUUAAUUUUCAUAUCUGGGGGUUAAAUGACAAAAUAUUCUAUUCUAUUUAAUAAACUUAGCCUUAGAACCAUGUAUUUUAAUGUUUUUAGAAAAUCUGAUUUUUUAAAAGUCAUAAAAAUGUUUACAGAAAAGUUCAAAUAUUUCUGCCGAUCCAUUUUUAAGAAAGACUAUUGGCAUUUGUCAGAAUCGCCUGAUUUGUAAGCAAACUGUUUACAUUUAUCAGAUUUCAAUAUUUGUAACAUAUAUUUUAUCAUUUAGUAAUUUGAUUAGUUUUUCUUGCAUUGAUUACACCUUUUAUAUAUUGUAUUCAAAGUUGAAGAAAAUACAGAAUCUAUUGACAACCCUCUACAUGAUGCAGCAAAGCGGGGUAACAUGGAUUUCAUGAAUGAAUGUAUCCAAAACAGGGUAAUUAAAUGCAUAUUUUUUAAUCUGAUGGAGCAAACUUUACAUUUUUAUAAAUUGCAAUCUGGAAAGUUACCAGAGCAUUACAGUCAUUUUAAUCUAUUUAUCUUCACCCAGUUGAUCAAUUAUAUAAAACAGAUAUGGUAAAUACAUUUACAUUAUGAGGUCACACCUUCUAAAAUUUCUUAUAGGUUAAGGCAGACCUGUUUACUCUUACGAUUUUGGCGUACAAUGUACGAUUUUUAGGCGUAUAGGUUGUAUAUACUGUUUAUUUUUUUACUAUAAAUAUAACGUAUUGAACGAUUUUGUGAUGAUAUUCUACGAUUUUAAGAGUUUGAGGGUAAACAGGUCUGGGUUAAGGUGUAAGCAUUUGAUAUUGAGUUAAGCUUGUGAAAUAUUUGAGGAAAUAGCACCGGUUGAAAUGACAGGAACCUCAGACUCUUAUUUUGAUAUGCAAUAUUCCUUUUAUAGGUGUCAGUGAAUGGCCUAGAUAAGGCUGGGGCAACACCACUGCACUGGGCAGCCCAUGGUGGUCAUAUUGAAUGUCUUAAAACUUUACUUAGUAUUGAAAACUGUGAAGUAAAUGUACAGGUAUGCUUUUUUUAUUGUUUUUACUUGAUUUAAUAUUCUUAUAGUUAUUACUGAGAUAUUCUUGAAAUUAAUGCAUGUUCUUGCAACAACAAAAAAGUUGCCAUCCUUUCCAUAAAUUAUAUACUAUCUGUUUAAUCCAGAACCUAAAUAAGAAUGUUAGUUUGUCACUCAAAUUUGCUUCCUAAAGUGUUUCGAAAUCUCAGUAAUAUUACUGAUGUGACUUGAAAGCAAGUCACCGUUUCUGAAUGGCAGUGUCUAUAUUGAUUUCUUAUUAAAGUUAAAAAUUGUCAAAAGAGAUGAUUACAGAAACGAAUUGAAUCUUUAUUUUAAUAUUUUCAAAAUUUCAAGAACAAAUUGGGAGACACACCACUACAUUCUGCAUCAUGGAAAGGACAUUCAGAAGCAGUUCAGUUGUUGCUAGAUAAAGGUAAGCUUCAUUUGAUGUUCUUAGAUAAUAUUUAAAAGUUUCUAUUUAGUAAAUUGGUGUGUUAUAAAUCAACUGAGAACAACAAAAAAAACAUAGUUGUGAAAAUCUGUAAAAACUUGGCACCAAUUUUUGACAAAAGGUACUGGUAUACAGUGUGUCACUUGCAAAAUAAUUACUCUUGUCACACUUACCUUUUGACAAAAACAUUUGGUCAGUAGCCUAUAUUUCUAUUGUCAUGUUUGUUGAAUCUGCACAGCAAGAAUUCAUUAUUCUUAUUUUCAUAAUAUUCUCAGGACAAAGUAGCCAACAGUUUUAAACUUAAAUAUUAAAAAUUAAUUUGUUCCAUGGUUAAAUAAAUUCAUUCAGUUAUGCUCUUUCUUUCUGUUCUUCUGAUCUUUGGUUUUGUAAGGAACUUGCACUAAACCUUUUUAAAGACUUUCUUUCUACUCGCAAACCAUGGGGAUUGUUUGUAACUUUGUAGCAUAAUUUUUUGUUGUCACUUGUGACCCUCUGGCUCAAUCGAUCAUGGUUGAUUGUGUCUCCUUUGUGGGAGCUGAGGUGAGAAAUGUAGGAUUUUAGGGGGAAAUGGUUCCAAAGGGGAAAGGGGUAGGACUUACAGCAAUUAGUUUCUGAUGUAUAGAUGGCAAGCGACAAAAGGGUGUGAAAUUCCAAAACUAUUAAAUUCUACAUUUGCAUUAAGUUGAGAGUUUAUUCACUUUUUUAUUCAAAUGUAAAUGACUGAAAAAGGCUGCAGUAAUUCAUGUGUUUUAUGUUAUCUUCCUCAUUUUUACAUAUAUGUAUAUUUAUUGAGAACCAUUGUAUAAACACACAACAUAUAUUUAUUUGUACUGAAGGGCACCAAUGAAUAUCUCAUAAUUUAUUAGAUAGCAAGAAAACAAAAUAAUUCAAACGCCUGCAUGGACCAGAACACAAAUAACUAAUGAUUUUAAACAUUACCUUUAUAAAAGAGAGAUACUACUAGUAAGUAAUGAUUCAGGUUUUGCCCUUUUUUUUUUUUGUCACUUUUAUUACUAUUAUAUAAAAGUCUGUGUGUUCUUAUAGUUAUGUAAGUCGAACUGGUCCAUUACUGUUAAAUAUGUAGUCAGAGCUUUUUUGGUAAUGAAAAAGGUGCCAGUUCUCACAAAAGCAGAUACACCCCUCAGGCGCGUAUUACAACAAAAUAACACCCAAAAGAGCCCUGGAUGUCACAGACAUUUAAUGUUAAAAUUAAUGCUAAUGAAACUGUUAGUAAAUGUCUAUUAUUUUCUUGUUUCUCUUUACUUUUUAAAUCAACAUUCUAUAGGUGCAAGAGUAGAUUUGGUGAACAAAGAGGGUAAACUCCCUAUAGAUCUCACUAAAGAUGCAGAGGUUGCAACUUUACUUAGACAAGCAGGUAUAUACAUUUUUUUGCUUAGUUGCCAAUUCGUUGUCACAAAGCUGCAAUUAUUUUUUUAUGGACAUUUGAUAAGGAAUCUGAGGGGUUCCAUGUUAUAUAGAAUUAUAACAUUGUUGAAAAAUGUCAAGAAAAUUUAUAUUGUAUGUUUUCAUUCAAUAGUUCACAUUUUAUUUGUUAUUUUCACAAUUGCUUUAUGACUUUACUUGCUUGACUUGAGGUCUGAAAUCUUUGUCAAUACAAGUUAUUUCUGGAAUAUAUUUUUUUACAAUUCUUUUUAAGUUUAAAUUCUGGUAAUUUGUAGUGUAGACAUAAUGCAUGAUAUCAUAAGCAGAUGUUCUCAAUUAAACAGCCAUUCUUAACAUAUAUUUUUUCUGUCAUUUCAGCGGGAGUGAGAGCAUCAAGGUAUUCAAAUGAGUAUGACGAUGAAGAGGACUCUGACUGAAUAGGAUGUAGUCAAGUAUUAAACCAGGAUUUCAUUGGAAUCAUUUCAAUGUUGUUGACAUUUUGCUUCUCAUUGUGUGUCCUCUUUGCUAGUCAUUUUUGGUGGAGCUGAAAUUUAAAACAAAACAAAAAAUAGAUGUUUUUGUUAACAAAACUUUGAUAAUUUGAAACCUGGCUGGUGUUUUAGUGAAUUUACUACUUUGAAAAUUCCGACCAGGUGUGUUCAAGGUCAUUUUUAAGUUUUAGUAAUUGUGUCCUUUAUUUUAAAUUUGGGGAAGUUUUCUACUAUAAAUUCACAGCUCUGUGAAAAAAAUCUAAAAUUAUAUAAUUCAUAGUGCGUACAAGUUGUUUCCAAAAGUUGUGGGUGAUUGUAUUCACUGUUAUCUAAUUCAAUAUUUGAGUACUGGUUUAUAUAAGACAUUUUUUCAUUAUACUUACUUUUGUAAUUAUUUACUUUGCUGUUAGCAUAUGAAAAGUACUAAAUUAUUUAAGGUCGUUUUAAUUGGGAAAUUGAGAAGAAAAAAAAAUAUAUAUAUAUCCUACCUAUAGCUAAAAAGAAAAUAAUAAGAAUGGGCAUAAGUCCCUAAAAAAAACAAAGCUCAGAAGAACAGAAAGAAAUUGGAUGGAAGUACAAUUUGAAAGCCCAUUUGUCUGUGAGGGAAACAAAAUGGGUUAACUAUUAUACUCACGUGUUAAUGACUUUUGUAUUUUCUUAUAUAACCGCAGUACAAUGAGUUUUCUAAUGCUAUACAUCAUAAUUUAUUAAAAGAAAUGUAAAAUUACAUACCUCUGUCCCAUAUGUAUAAACUGACUUUGGAGAGCUCACUUUUUAGUAAAAUUAAAUAUUUUCUUGAAUAUGGUUUGGUAGUAUUAUGCUUGUUUGAUGAGCAGGUGAAUAGUUGCAUUGUCAUUUUGGCUUUGUCAUUAGCACCGCCCCUGUACAAAUAAAAAAUGCACUAAAAAAGUUUUUAUAUUUGAGUGGAAUAUUUUUGUGUUUAUAGAAUUUAUUAGUAUUAUUUAAUCUGUAGUCUUUAUUCAUUAAUAUUUUUUAAUUUUAAAAAAGAGAUUGAUGCGAGGUUACACUUCAGUUCUUGAAAUGAGCACAAAUAGAUGAUAAAAGUAAUGAGUGGUGAACUUACUACUUCACAAAUAAUAAUAAUUAUUAGUUAAAAUUAGGGGUGGGCAAUCUUUUUAUGCAGAGGGCGGUAUGGAAAUCUUUUUUUUUCUUUUUUUUUUUUUUUUUUUUUUUGUGGGGUUGCUUGACAUUUUUUUUUUUUUAUGUCAUUAAAUAUUGGCUUCAACAAUUUCAUCCAAGUUCAGAUUGCUAAUAAGCAGUGGAAUUUUAAAAAAAUGUAAUUCUGUUAUUAUUAUUACUAUUAGUUUGGCAAUUUUACACUGUGAUUAUUAAUUUUAAAAGGCUUUUACAGUUAAUCAUAACAUGUACAUGUUACGUAAUCAUUAAUUCAUUUCUUGCAGGUCAUAUUAAACAUUUCAGUGGGCCCCAUGUGGCAUACGGGCCACAGGUUGUCUACCCCUGGUUUAAAUUAUCUAUUUAAUGCAAUAGGUCUGACAAACUUACCAUUUUUUUAAAAGUCACCUUCAAUAGCUAUUAAAAGAAAAACAGAAAUUAUAAGCAUACCUAAACAAUUGUUACUUAUUUAUUCUCCUUCAUAUUCAAAUUCUAUAUAUAUGAAUAAUAUUUUUAUUUAUAAAUGUUGAAUAUCCAUUAGAAUUACUAAUUAUUUUUCUUUUUUCUUUUUUUUUUUUUUUUUUUUAUGUUUAGAUUUUAAAAUUUUUACUUUUUGAAAAGAUUCUGUUAUGAAAAAUGUUAUGUGAUUUAGUCUUUUUCGUUGGAAAGAGAAAAAAAUAGGCUGUGUUUUAAAAUUAAUUAAACAUUUGAAUUGAUCUUUAUAUUUUGUGUCUUUUUUUUUUUCCUAUCCUAAAGUUUACAGAGUAUUUUCAUGUUAACAAUUGACUCUGUUUAAAUAUAUUUAACCAAAUUUUUCCCAUGUGAUAACAUUUUUUUUAAACUUAAACCAAAAACAAAUACUGUGCCUAAAACUAUAUGACUUUGAGUUUAUGAACUAGACUUGUGCCUUCACAUUGCUACCACAACUUUUGCUCGUUUCCUUUUUAUAACAAAUAAUAUUAAUAAAUAAGCUUGUGGGGAGCUUGCUUAUUUUUGUUGUAUUGUCCGACAAAUUUCUCAUAAUAGUUUUAUGAAAUAUCUGGUAUAUCUUAAAAUGUUCCCUCUUUCAUUACUAACAAAAGAAGCUUACAUUAAAAUUUGUUACAUGUAAUAAAGAAAUAUACUUUUAAUAUAUAUAUAUAUAUAUAUACUUUUGUAAAUAUUUCAUUGAACUUGAUUUUUAGCUAGAAAAUUUAAUAUUAAAUGUAUACAUUGCUUAAGGCAUUAUUUAAAGCAGUUACAAAAGCAUUGUAUUUGACCUUUGUAUAUUUCAAGCGAUGAAUCUUGCUCCUGUUAAAAUUUCCUCAGCCUAAUUUAAUGUCUUAUUUUCAAAAGAGUUAGAGGUAGAUUUUGUUUUUUAAAACAUAUACAGAAAUGAUUUUCACCACAUAAUUUGUUUCUGGCUUUGUAUUUAUAAAUAUUUUUAAUCCAUUCAUAUGCUGAGAUCGUAUUUCCUGCCUCUUUUAAAAAUAACAGAUUCCAAUUUAGAAUAUUUCGAAAAGCUAUUAGUAAACCAAUGAUAUUCCAGUACCGUUAUAAGUUGACAUGUUCAUCAUUUUUUUUUUGGCAGCUGCAUGUUUAUUUUUCUUGUUAACAAAACACCAGAUUACAUAAUAACCCAUCUGCAGACUAAAAACUAGAGUGCCAGGUUGAAUUGUGCAUGCCCCAAUGGCCACGUUGAUGAUUAUUUUUUUGUUAUACACAGAUUUAGUCUAUAAAUUGCUGGGGUUUUCAUUUGUCUCUUUCAUCUUUCUGUAUCUCGCUCUCUAUUUCAGCAGAUUUGAUUACAUUUGUACACUAGCAGAGUGAGGUUAUAAAUUUGUAUGCUUUCCACAUCUUCAUCGUUUGUGUACAUAUGACAUCUAUAUAUAAUAAACAUUUAUAUCUCAACAUCUGCUUUUUUUUUUAAUGGGUUCAUUAAAUGUAAU